UUACUUUUGGAAGUUGUGGAAGACCUACAGCUUAAUAUAUAUAUUCAUUAUUUAUCUGCAAAAGAACAUUUUAAAGUCACAAUGAAUGUGUUUGUGACGUCAUUUGUAUUGCUGAUCGUUUCGGCAGCGUCCACCAAUUCGUUAAAAUGCAAAGAAGGUUUCACAGCGAACGCUUUUGGCGUUCCCUUCUAUCACUGGAAAGAUAGAGAAUGCAGUGCCGGGAGCGAUUGUUUCGUCCAAGAAUUGAAAACGAGUAUGUUCAAGAAUGAUAUGAAAGUUGACUUCAAAUUUGGAGGGUGCAUUUCUAGUGCAUACUCAGAGAUGGUCACGUGUCAAAACCUAUUUGGAACCGACAGCAAACUCGACCCUGAAACAAUAUUCAACAUGGUGCCAGAUCUGGACAAAAAAUUGCAAGAUUUUUCAAACGAUCUAAUGUUUAACGCCACUGAUUCAUUGCGCAUGAUGUUCUCAAAUGGCAACGGUAGUCGAGAAUUCAUUCAAGGCUUGGUCACAUUCCUGCAACAUUUCGAAUUUAAGACAGAUAAACUAGAACAGCUUGUAGACCCAAUUUCCAAAUGCUGGGAUUCCUUAAUCGGUGACAGUGAAUUUACAACAUGGCAAGAAUUCAUGGAAAUGAGAGAAAAUGCCACGAAUGGACUUCUCUUAGCAUUGAGCAAAGUUGACACUGAAAACGCUAAAAUUUCAGAAGACCUUUAUUCUUUCUUCGGUAACUGGGGAAGGGUCGAUAUGGUUGCAAUGAUAAAGAACAGUUCCUACUUUCCACUUGUCGAAAAUCUUCCCGGAUUGGUAAAAUAUACUUUACCAGAUUUUUUAAAAGCUGACGUAUGGUAUGACGUCAUUUUUGAUCUUUUUGGUGACGUCAGUGUUGAAAAUCCGAAGAAAUCUGCACAAGAAAUGAUCAAAACCUUAAAAUCAUUGAUCCAUAUUCCCCAGGCAUACAAAAAAUAUUUGGACCCGAUCAUCGAUUCAAUUCCGGAUCUUGUCCAACAAAUGGGGAAGGGAAUGCACAAUAUAUCGGAACGUGGAUGGCAGAGCUAAUGAAAUCCCAAAGUAAAACAACCACAACGACAAUGAAACUUUCGAAUUCAGUAUCAAAUUUCGUCUCUAGUAUAAUGCCAGGGGAGUUGCCCGCGGAUUUCCAAACUGCAAUCACCUAUGCGCCGGGAUUGUUUUACAGUUUCUUCCCCGAUAACAUAAACGAUAUUGAUCGCGUUUACACAGAAUUAACAAGUGGAUUCGAUUCCAUUGAUAUCACAAACCCGACAAAAACUCUCCCUACCACCAAAAUGAGCGAUUUUCCUUGUCAAAUUCACUGAUAAAAUCAUAAGUUAUCCAUCAGGCCCAGAGCACGAUGCCGGUAAACAACUGAAAGAUCUUUUCGUCAUCAAUUUCUCGAAGACAUUUUACAA